GUGCACAAUAUGCGGAAGUGGAUUUUGUAUUGAUGAGCAGAGCGCACACCUGUGAAAGACGAUAAGACAAUGGCCUCACAAGACUAAGCUGUUGGAUAAACAGCAGCUGGCUGUGUUAAAGCGCACCCCCCUCCCCUCCCCCCCCUCAGCUGAAGACGCUGCUCUUCGGAGCCUGGCUGCUCGGAUACGUCUUCUUCCUGCUCUCCAUCAGGAGGAUGUGGACCGGGAAGUACGUCCGCAGCCCGCUGGCCCGGUCCCUCUUCCUGAACAUGGUGAGCGAGGACGAGGCUGCCGCGACCGAGACUCAAGAGUGGUACAGGUGCGGUCCGGACCUGCUGGGAGAGUCUGUGCGGCCCCUGUUUGUGCAGAGCCACCUGGACUCGGACACCAAGGCUUUCCUGAAGCGGAGCGUAGAUAAAUCUGGCUGGCUGUUCACCCAGCUCUACCACUCCUUUGUGUCCACCUUCCUCAGCCCGCUGGUGUCCCGCACCUCCAUCAAUGGGUUUCUGGGUCGCGGCUCUAUGUUUGUCUUCUCCCCGGAGCAGUUCCAGCAGCUGCUCCGGGUCGGCCCGGAAUGGAGGUCUGACAGACUUCUGGACCUGGGGGCCGGGGAUGGAGCUGUCACUGGGGUGAUGGGAGCACAUUUUAGAGAGGUUUAUGCAACUGAGGUCUCUCCACCCAUGAAAUGGCAUCUUCAGAGGAGGAAUUACAAGCUGCUGGGGAUCGAUGAGUGGCAGCACACUGGUUUCCAGUACGAUGUGAUCAGCUGUCUGAACCUGCUGGACCGCUGUGAGCACCCCCUCCAUCUGCUGCAGGAGAUCCGGCUGUCGCUGGUUCCCAGCACUGGGAGGCUCAUCCUGGCUGCAGUGCUUCCCUUCCAGCCUUAUGUGGAAGUCGGAGGAAAAUGGCAGCGUCCCAAAGAACAUAUAAAAGUACAAGGAAAAACCUGGGAGGAGCAAGUAACUAAUCUGUCCAGUGAGGUGUUCCGAAAGGCGGGGUUUGAGGUGGAGGCUGUGACCCGGCUGCCAUACCUUUGUGAAGGAGACAUGUACAAUGAUUACUACAUUCUCGAUGAUGCCGUUUUUGUUCUCAAGGUUUCAGACAAUACGUCGGAGUCUGCUUGAAUACCAAAUGAACUGUUAGAGACAUGGUUGGAUUUUAGUGCAAUUUUCAUAAGCCUCAUUUAUACAACACAGUAUUUCUUUAGAAAUGGUGUGUCAGCUGUGAUGCUCAGGUACUGUACUUCCUUAUUAAUCAGCCAUGUUGUGUGAUUCCUCUACUUGAAGGAAUAAAUGGCUUUUGAACAUCAAAUCCUCCAUGAGAUAUCACCAUGCUGUAGGUGUUCCCUCUAGAGAGCUUGUUAUCUGUGGGAAGUGUUUACUAUUAGAGCUUCAUGAUUUUGUCUUAUCAUGUUUCUGAUUCCAGGGUUCAGUGUAUGCAUGCACUUGAAUUAAUCAUUGUGAAUUGGUAUUUUUAAAUUGCUGUUAUUAAUGAAAAAAAGUGUGAAGCCUUCUCAAAGCAAGCCUUUGUAACUUUGUGUAUGUUAAAAGCAGCUACCAAUCCCACAGAUAUUUAUAUAUUGUUUGAGUCUUUCUCACCUCACCUGUUUGGUUCAGCUCAAACUGACUGAUGUGAAAACUGUUAACUGAACCCUAUGGGGACCAAACAUGAUGCUGCAGCUGGUAGACCCAGGGACACGGUUACAAAUGUCCCAGGGAAAAAGAGUCAUUUUUAAACCCUCCUCAAUACAGAAUAUUGAUAACAUAGAUUCUACAUAUAACUGUGUUAAUCAAGACUAGAGACCAAGUUAACUGCACAUAAACCUGCAGCAGAAUAUGAAAGAGCAAAAACUAGUAAAUGAAAGGUAAACAAAAAUGGUAUUAUCUUUGAAGGUUUCACUGAGUUCAGCCAACAGCUGAGAGACUUCCUCUGAGAGCUACUCCUUGCAUCACCUGGCAGGCUGCCCGUUUAAAGCCGGCAUCAGCAUCCUGUUGCUGUGUUCCUGGUGGAUGUCCAUGUUUUUAUUGUUUGCAACUCCUGGAAGCUUUGUGAGUUUCCAUAUUUUGUCAUAUAUAAUUUCUAACAUUUGUUCACGUUAAUUGUUGGGUUUCUUCUUUUUACCGAUUGUAAUGCCCCCUGAGACAGAUGUAUAAAAGGCCCAUGUGACAUCAAAUGUAAUUGAUUUCAUGUUGCUUCAUCCAGCGGGUACGGUUUCCUUUGAACUGCAACUGAGCAGGGGAACAUCAGACCAUGGUGUGGCGGAGUGCUGCCAUUCUUCAAAAUCUAGAUGGAGAUGAUACAAAAAUAACUCGGGUUCAGGAAGUUUGAUCCAGGUCUGUGGAGCUUAACAAAUUAAAGCUGCCCUGCAAAUUUGGUUCUGAGCCAAAUGUGCGGGGCACACAGCAAACUGAGUGGACACAGCAGCAUUUCCCAAUUGUAUUGUGGUGCCAAUCCAUUUAGAUCUUAAAGUUUAUACUGAAGUCAAAAGGAAGAUUAUGAAGUGUAUUUGUUUUAUAGCAUAUGCAGAGCUCUGAGAGCUGGGGUGAUGUGCUCAAUUGUUUUGGUCUGAAAUAAAGGCAUGGACUAGUUUCUCCAGA